UCGCUUGCUGCACUCUGCGACCGGUCGGGGGAAAUGUAGACGGCUAAAUUCGGUUCACAGUCCAACGUGCACGUUAUCAUACGGUGACCGUUUGCCAGCUAUAUCUCCGCUUGCAACUUGCUCAUGAUUACAUAUAAAUAUACAAACAGUGAUAAGUCUCACAUUAUAACUUCGUCAGUGUAUCUGUGAACACAACGAAAUAGCAGUGUUAUACGAAUUUUAAUUCAACCUUUUACAGUCACGCGCUCAAAAAUGGCUCCAAAUGCUACAGAACUCAACGGGGUCCUCUUUGAAAGCGAUGCCGCUACACCCGACAUGGCGUUAGGGACUGCUCCCGUUAUGCAGGCGGACAAAGAACCAAAGAAAUAUGUUUGGAGGAACAUUAUCCUGUUUGCAUACCUUCACGUCGCGGCCGUCUAUGGUGGAUACCUUUUUCUUUUCGAGGCGAAGUGGCUAACUUGUAUUUUCGCCUACCUACUCUAUGUAGUGUCUGGACUUGGUAUCACUGCCGGAGCACAUAGACUUUGGGCCCACAAAUCCUACAAAGCCAAAUGGCCUCUGCGACUCAUUUUGAUGAUUUUCAACACUAUUGCAUUCCAGGAUUCUGCAAUGGAUUGGUCAAGAGAUCAUCGCAUGCACCAUAAGUACUCUGAAACUGACGCUGAUCCUCACAAUGCAACCCGUGGUUUCUUCUUCUCCCACAUCGGAUGGCUGCUCGUCAGAAAACACCCUGAUCUCAAAAAGAAGGGCAAAGGGCUGGACUUGAGUGACCUUUACGAAGAUCAGAUUCUCCAAUUCCAGAAGAAAUACUACCUGAUCUUGAUGCCCCUUGGUUGCUUCAUCAUGCCUACAUUGGUUCCGAUAUACUUCUGGGGUGAGAGCCUGCUUAAUGCGUUCUUUGUCUGCGCCUUGUUCCGCUACGCCUUCAUCUUGAAUGUCACGUGGCUCGUCAACUCGGCUGCUCAUAAAUGGGGAGACAAGCCCUAUGACAAGAACAUCAAGCCAUCCGAAAACAUGUCAGUCGCAUUAUUCGCUUUCGGCGAAGGUUUCCACAACUACCACCACACUUUCCCAUGGGACUACAAGACCGCCGAACUUGGUAACAACAGACUAAAUUUCACUACAACUUUCAUUAACUUCUUCGCUAAAAUCGGUUGGGCUUACGACCUUAAAACUGUAUCCGAGGACAUCGUUCGUAGCCGCGUUAAGCGUACUGGCGACGGGUCACAUAACCUUUGGGGAUGGGGCGACAAGGAUCAUGAUAAAGAGGAAAUUAAUGCAGCUAUCAGAAUCAACCCUAAAGACGAAUGAAUAUGACCGUAUAUUAUAUUUUGGAUAACAUUUAAAACGUAAACAAACAGUGUAUGUCAAAAAAAUAAAAACUAAGCACAACUAAGUUCAUAACAUGCUCAAUUGAUUUGAUACUUUUUUGUUUUAAAUAGUUUUCUAAUUCUAAUUCCUAGUUAGCAUGUUCCCAGUAUAUUUAAGGUAUUCCAAUAUUUCUAAGCAGUAAAAUUAAAUUGUAGAAACCU